AUUCAUCUUAUUCAAUCUCGUUUUCAUACAAACAGUCGUCGACGAUCGAAUUCACUUUGAAUAAUCAAUUAUAUCCAAUCAUUUGUUCACAACAGGAUCACAGAAUCAUUGGAAGGAACGCAUCUAUUCAAUUGAUCGAUUGAUUCAGUAGCAUCCCCGUCGGGGGGUUGCGAAGCUGGAUAACAUCGCCGCCAUAUGAACCACUCACAUCAACCCCUUUUCAUAUACACCCUUUAACCGUUGAACUCGGCCUUACUUACUCUCACACAUACUCUUCACUUCUACUCUUGUAUUAUACUCCCUUCCCCUUUACUACUAAAAAUCAUGUCGUCGUUUUUGAAGCCCCUCAAGGGUACCAGGAAGAAUGGAGUCCAGUUCAGACCCAGGGGAACUGGUUCUGGUGAGCGUAUCAAAGAGGUUUUAGAACGAACCCGUAUGGAGGCGAUGGGAUUGAGCCCUACUCCGACACCUGCUAUAGGAAAGCCCCCGGCCAUUUCAGAUCGAGAGCCUUGCCCGAAUCCUGGUUGUCCCAACCCUACUGCUCCAGUUACGGAUGGCUUUUGUUCUGCCUGUGGUCGUGAACUUGAUUCUUCCAACAUCGUCUCCGAAGUCCAAUUUGGCGAGAGCUCGUCUGGUGCUGCUGUUGUCCAUGGUAGCUUCGUUGGUGCCGAUCAAGGUACUGUGAGCAGAAACUUAGGACCUCAGUAUCGACGACUUGGCGGUGGACUUAGUGAUAAUCGAGAGAAGACUAUUCGUGAAGCACGAAACAUGAUGAUCGGGUUUGCGCAUCAGCUCAAGGAAGUGCCUCCGAACGCCGUUGAUGCUGGUAUCCAGAUCUUCAAGCUUGUCAUGGAGGAGAAUUGGCUUCAGGGUCGAGGAAUGGACAAGGUCGUUCCUGUAUGCCUUUAUACGGCUUGCCGAAGAGAGGACCGAUGCAAAGUGAUGCUCAUCGACUUUGCCGAGCUAGUCCACGUCAACGUCUACGAAUUGGGACAUGUGUUCAAGGACUUGAAUAACAUUUAUUCCUUUCAGAACAACAAUGUCAAGUCCAUCAUUCCUGAGGACCUUAUCUACCGCUUUUGUUCAAAGCUCGACUUUGGUGACUUCACCAACAAAGUUGCAGCUGAUGCAAUUCGGCUAUGCCAGAGAAUGGGUCGUGACUGGAUGGUUAUGGGCCGCCGGCCUUCUGGUAUUUGUGGAGCUUGCAUCCUUAUGGCGGCGCGAAUGUGGAACUUCCGCCGCACCGUGCGGGAGGUUGUCUACGUUGUCAAGGUCACGACUGUUACAAUCGAGCAGCGUCUCGAGGAGUUUACGGUUACGGAGAGUAGUGACCUAACUAUUGAAGACUUUCUCAACCGGGAAUUUCUUGAGUCCCGCCAUGACCCACCCGCCUUCUACAGGAACACCAACGAGUGGCAAGAAAAACUGGAGAAGGAUGGCAAGGUACGGAAGCGGAAGCGUAUAGAAGACAUCGACGAUGAUGAGGGUCAGCUAGACUCGGUCAACGGAACACCCGCACCAACCGACUCCACCUCUACCCCGAGUGCUACGCCGAGAGCUUCGUCUACUAUAUCAGAUAUGCCACCACCACCUCUUCCUCGACCACCUCCCGAUACUUCCAAGAUGCGUCAGGUUACCGAGUACCUGCCUAGAUCUUUCGACGAUACGGAGAGAAGAGAACUUGUCGCUCCAUUUGACCCUUCAAAAUUACCCAAGCCAGCUCGGAAGGGUAUCUCCAGAGAUAUUGCCGAUUGCCUGAAUGCCGAGAAUCCGGACGCUGAUGAAGCAAUGAAUGACUUGGCAGAAGAGUUUGGCUCAGAAGGGAUGCCUGAGAAUGAUCAGGAAGAAGAGGAGGAGGAAGAAGAGGUACAACAACCAACUCGAAAACGCGGUCGCAAGAAAGAGCCUGCCGAACCGCUACUGACCUUUAACGAUGAGUGGGAGCGUGAUGAGGCAGUGUUAGAGCAACAGAUUAACGAGGUGAUUAACGAUCCUCAUAGUGACGAACAUAGCAAAGCCCUAGCUACAGCUGCGCAUCUGGCGCACAUCAAAGCCGAAUGGGCACGAUCUCUACUCCCACAGCGAGAGCUCAAAAUGGACGAGGUUAUUGGUGACGACGAAUUCGCCGACGACCCGGAGGUCCAGUUUUGCAUGCUUUCGCCUAACGAAGUGAAGAUCAAGGAGAGUAUCUGGAUCAAUGCGAACAAGGACUGGUUGCGCAAGAAGCAGGAGAAGAUUUAUCGUAAACAAAUGGAAGACCUAGGCCCUCCAAAACGAAAACGAAACCGUGUAAAGAAGCCACGAAUUGGAGAAGGCCAGCUUACGCCAGCCUCCACCCCAGGCGAAGCAGCUCGUGAGGUGCUGAAGAAUCGAUCGACUUACUCCAAACGAAUUAAUUACGAUGCAAUUGAGAGCCUAUUUACGAAUACUAAAGCUAGUGGACCUGGUUCAGUAGCAUCUCAAGCCGCCACACCCGCCGGUAGUGUUGCCCCGGGCAAUGAAGCACCUAACGAGGGAGACGACGAUGAAGGUGCAGAGGAAGAAAACGAAGAGACAUUUGUCGAGCAACCGACUGAAGUGUACGAUGAGUACUACGAGGAUCAGGAACAACCAGGUUACGAUGAGACUGGAUAUGACGAUACAGGUUAUAAUGAGGAGGGAGGAUAUGGCGAAGAAGAUUAUGGUGGGGGUGAAGAGGAGUACUACUAGAUGGUGUACGCCGUCGCUAAUCGGCCACCAUCUGUGGUUAUGUAGCUCAAACUUGCUGUAGCUAAAAGAAGUGAACGCAUCCAUGGAUACAAUUUCCAAGGAAUACAUG